GCAAGUGCAGCUUUGUGCCAUUUGAAAUUUGCUGCCAAACAUGACCAACAGGAGAGUGAGAUGGAACAAACUUGAUAUCAUUAUGUUUGCUUAUGCUUGUAUAUCAAACCUUCAAAAUACGUCUUAUGCAGACGAUGCCUUGACUCCAACAUCUUCCAUUGCAGAUGGCCAAGAACUCAUUUCUCCUGGACAGAAUUUUUCUCUUGGAUUCUUCACUCCAGGAGCAUCAAAGAGCCGCUACAUAGGGAUAUGGUACAAGAAUAUUACCCCUCAAACCAUAGUUUGGGUAGCAAACAGAGAUAACCCACUUAACGACUCCAGAGGAAAUUUAACCAUUGCUGCUGAUGGUAAUAUUGUACUUUUUGAUGGAGCAGGUAACAGAAUAUGGUUUACAAAUUCAUCAAGGUCAAUCGAAGAACCAAUUGCAAAGCUGUUGGAUUCUGGAAACUUUGUGUUGAUGGAUGGCAAGAAGCAUGAUUCUAAAGGUUACAUAUGGCAGAGCUUUGAUAAUCCAACAGACACAAUGUUACCUGGGUUGAUGUUGGGUUGGGAUAAGAACUUAGGUAUCAAUAGAUAUUUGACUUCUUGGAAGAGUGCUAAUGACCCCUCUCCUGGAAACUUUACCUACAGGUUUGACCAGAUAGAAUUUCCUGAGUUGGUAAUCCGCCAGGGAACGAACAUCACAUUCAGAAGUGGAAUUUGGGAUGGCAUCCGUUUUAAUUCAGAUGAUUGGUUGUCCUUCAUUGGAAUUACAGCCUUCAAGCCACAACUUUCAGUAAAUAGCACUGUGGCAGUGUAUUGGGAUGAACCUGGAGAUAGAUUGUCAAGAUAUGUGAUGAAGGAUGAUGGACUCCUUCAAAGAUAUAUCUGGGACAACAAAAAUUUUAAGUGGACUCCGAUGCAUGAGGCAAGAAAGGACUUUUGUGAUAACUACGGAGCAUGUGGGGUGAACGGUAUUUGCAAUAUGAAGGAUAUUCCUGCUUACUGCGAUUGCUUGAAAGGGUUUACACCACAUUCUCCGGAAGAUUGGGAUUCUUUUAACUGGUCUGGUGGGUGCAUCAGGAGAACACCCUUAAACUGCACACAAGCUGAUAGGUUUCAGAAACUAAGCUGGGUUAAACUACCCAUGUUGUUGCAAUUUUGGACUAAUGAAAGCAUGAAUCUUGAAGAAUGCAAGGUGGAGUGCUUGAAGAACUGUUCCUGCACGGCGUACGCAAAUUCAGCCGUGAAUGAAGGGCCACAUGGAUGCUUGCUAUGGUUUGGGGACUUGACUGACAUUCGGCAGCUUAUAAAUGAAGAGGGUGUACAACUUGAUCUUUAUUUAAGGUUAGCCGCUUCAGAAAUAGAAAUACGUGUUCUGAAACUUAAGCAUCUGCUUGAUUCUUGUGAAGAGUCCACUGCUAAUGCAAGUAAAAGGAAAAACAUUGCACUGAUUAUCUCGGUACCUGUGGCACUGCUUCUUUGUUGUAUCAUUUUCUACCUUUCUAAGAAGUAUAUAAAAGGGAGGACAAGCACUAGUUCGGUCACAGUCACAAGUCACAGAAAUCAAAAUGAAGAUCAAGCAUCACCUAUUUUUGAUAUAGAUACUAUUCUGGCUGCUACAAACAAUUUUUCCAUUGAGAACAAGAUCGGGGAAGGUGGUUUUGGCCCAGUAUACAGGGGUAAAUUGGCUAAUGGACAAGAAAUAGCUGUGAAAAGGCUAUCAAAAACCUCAAAACAAGGUAUCUCAGAGUUUAUGAAUGAAGUUGGACUGGUAGCCAAACUCCAACACCGUAAUCUUGUGAGUGUUUUGGGAGGGUGCACUCAAAGAGAGGAAAGAAUGCUGAUCUAUGAAUACAUGCCAAAUAGUAGCUUGGACCACUUCAUUUUUGAUCCUAUACAAGGAAAAUUUUUGAACUGGAGGAAACGAUACGAAAUUGUCAUUGGGAUUGCUAGAGGACUACUUUAUCUCCACCAAGAUUCAAAACUAACCAUCAUCCAUAGGGAUCUAAAAACUAGUAACAUUCUACUAGACAGCCAAUUGAACCCCAAAAUUUCGGAUUUUGGUGUGGCCCGCAUCGUUGAAGGAGAUCAUUCUUCAAUAACAACAGAAGAGAUUGCUGGGACAAUUGGUUACAUGCCUCAUGAGUAUGCAGUAAACGGGAUUCUUUCCCUGAAGUCUGAUGUAUAUAGCUUCGGAGUUAUAGUGUUAGAGAUACUGAGCGGGAUCAGAAGUAGUCACUACAAAGUCAAGCAUCCAGAUGAUGAUCACAAUCUGUUGGGGCAGGCAUGGACAUCAUGGAAAGAUGGACGAGCUGUGGGAUUUAUGGAUAUUAAUUUAGACCUCAGAGUGGUUCCAUCAGAAUUACUAAGGUGUCUGCAAGUUGGUCUCUUGUGUGUUCAAAAGUUACCUGAAGAUAGACCAACUAUGUCUUCUGUUGUUUUUAUGUUGAGCAAUGAAAGCAUUGUUCUUCCCCAACCAAAGAAAACUGGCUUCUUUGAACAAGAGUCAGAGUAUCAUCAUGCCUACAGCGAGAAUGAGAGUUUUAGUAACAAUGCUAUGACUAUAACUCUAUUAGAAGCUCGAAGUUAGUGGCUAACUUACUUGUAU